AUGGUUCAAGCAAUUACAUCACAAUCAGAAUUUGAUGAAGCUUUAAAAUUCGAUGGUUUAGUCGUAGUUGAUUUUUUUGCAACUUGGUGUGGACCAUGUAAGAUGAUUGCACCAUUAUUGGAAAAAUUUAGUAAAGAAUAUACUCAAGUUAAAUUUUUAAAAGUUGACGUUGAUGAAGUUUCAGAAAUUGCACAAAAAUUUGAAAUAAGUUCAAUGCCUACUUUCUUAUUAUUUAAAAAUGGUGAAGUUAUUCAAAAAUUAAUUGGUGCUAAUCCAUCAGCUUUAAAACAAGCAAUUGCAUCAAAUGCUUAA